CACGAGCCAAUUGGGUCCUCGGGUGCAACCCUUCAUCAUCAACACAAAAGAAGAGUCAAAUUCAGCCCUCUUUCUCUUUUGCCUUGCCGUAAUGCCUACUUCGAUUCCGCUUUGCAAAGCGAAAGACGGUUAGGUGGUACUCCGGCUCCGUUUAGCCUCUCCCCCAUUUCCCUUUCUAACCUGCGCCACUCUCCCUCGUCCUUUCUGUGAUGCUAUCUGGUUCUAAUUUUAAUUUAAUACUAGUAUACCUGUGAAAUUGUACGGUCGCCACCUGUCUGUCUUGUCUCUCCGUUCUGGUUUUUCCGAUCCGAUCACCAAAACCCUAGCUCCCCAAAUUCUAGAGAUAGAAAAAGACUGAGAUUCUAGAGAUCAAAUGCUGUUUUCCCAUCCUCAAUUCUAGCGAGAGAGGAAGUUGAUUCUAGGGGGACAAAUAGAAUCGUUAAAGACGAAGUAGGGAGAGAAAGAAACCAUCAUUCUCAAUUCUCAGAGAGAAAGGGGGAGUGAUGUUUCUUUCUCAUCGUCAAUUGUAGGUUGAGAGAGGUAUCGAAUGAUCAUCUUCGAUUCAUGAAUCAUAUCUUCAAAUCCUAGAGAGAGAACGAGAAUCUACAGAGAGAGUGAGAGAGAUCAGGUGGCGAUGAUGAGGAGGAGUAGUCCGCCGAAGCACAGACACGAUGGGACUUCGCCACUGCCAUUGGGGAUGGACUGGAGUCCUCCUCCGCGGAAAUGGAGUGGGCGGGACACUGUUUGGCCACAUGAUUAUCACACAGGGUGGAGUUACUGUGUCAUAAUUCCUUCCUGGGUUGUCCUUCCAAAAUCAAGAGAUUCAGAUCCUGUAGUGUUUUACAGGGUUCAGGUUGGUGUACAAUCACCAGAAGGGAUCACAACUAUGAGGGGGGUAUUAAGAAGAUUCAAUGACUUCUUGAAGUUAUUUACUGAUCUUAAAAAGGCAUUUCCCAAGAAAAAUAUUCCACCAGCUCCUCCAAAGGGCCUCUUGCGGAUGAAAAACAGGGUCUUAUUGGAACAGAGAAGGCGCUCUUUGGAGGAGUGGAUGGCAAAGCUACUAUCUGACAUUGAUUUAUCGAGAAGCAUUUCAGUAGCAUCCUUUCUUGAACUAGAGGCUGCUGCUAGAGCUUCAUUCCAAGAUGUAAAUCAGCAAAUUUCAGAAGCGAAUCCUUCUGCCAAUGGCACAAUUUCUUCACUUCAGCAUCAUCCCAAUUCAUCCCUAUCUGUGGUUGCCGGUAGUUCAUCAAUCACAUCAGAUUAUGGUAGUGAUACAGCUUAUGAGACAUCUGAGCUGGGAACACCAAGGCUAGGAAAAGAUAAUAGUUCUGAACUUGAUCUUGAUGAUCUAAUAUUGGAUGAAGAUUUGACAAGUCCAAUAGAAAAACUUGUGAAGUAUGGGAUGUCCAAUAUUGAUGAGGGACUUUUUAUGGGACAGACUAUUCUAGAGCAGCUGGAAGGUUUUCCUAGGCAUAAAACUCAUGGCAGACAGGUUAACAGUCUUAUAGGGAAGGAUACAGAGAAUGGAAAUGCUUCUAAAGCUGAAUUUCUUGCUGGGGACAGAAUGGAUUUCUUGCCUGAGGCAGAUGAUGGUAAGGUAAUUAGUCAUGGUCGAAAGCUCUCAGCCGGGAGUGUUGGAAGUGACACAAGUUCUUUAAGGGGAAGUGAAAUGUCAAAUUCUGGAAUUAUAAAUUCAAUAGGUGAUGGCUCCCUUGACCUUCCGGGAGGUGUUGAAGUUUCGAGAACCACGGAAAUUCUCAACAACAUAGAACUGCAUUUCUCGGGUGAUACACAAAUAGUUCUUCCUUUAGAUCAACGUCAUAAAAUGAACAGGAUUCUUAUGACCAUGCAGCAAAGGCUGGUCACAGCGAAAACAGACAUGGAGGAUCUUAUAGCAAGAUUGCACCAAGAGGUAGCUGUGAAAGGUUACCUUACAACAAAGGUCAAGGAUUUGGAAGUGGAACUUGAAACUACGAAACAAAAAAGUAAAGAAAACCUGCAGCAAUCUAUUUUAAUUGAAAGAGAAAGAGUCACUCAAAUGCAGUGGGAUAUGGAGGAACUCCGGAGAAAGACCUUUGAAAUGGAGUUGAAGUUGAAGUCGAAGUGUGAACAGGAUGACAAGUUGUAUCCAGAGUCAACAAAAGUAUCUUCCAAUCAGGAGAAAGACAUGCUGCUGGAGGAGUUGGAUGCUACUAAAAAGCAGCUUGAAAACUUGCUGAAGCAACAUGAAAAACUGGAAAUGAAAUCAAAAUCAGAUAUUAAGGUUCUUGUUAAAGAGGUUAAAUCUCUCAGAAGUUCUCAAACACAAAUGAAGCAGGAGCUGAGUCGAUCUCUAAAGGAAAAAUCAGAAGCAGAGAAACUCCUUCAACAGGAAAGAGAAAGAAGUGAGCUGGAAAACACUGCUAGGAGAAAAUUGUUGUAUGAAUGUGAAAUUCUUCACAAUCAACUUCGAGAAUGCAGCCUUAAUUUCCCCGCAGAAGAUGGAGAUAACUUUGCUAUGAAUUCUUCCCCAUUAUCAGAUGCCUUAGAUCUCUUGACAACAUCUGACAACCAAAUUGGCCGCCUCCUUGCAGAGGCACCACUCUUAGCUCAAGACAAUGAGUAUGUUGUCUCUGGCAUUGAUAAAAAUGACAACAGCAACAAUGAUGUAUCAAGGAUUGAUGAUGAGUUGAGGAAGGUGCUGAAGGAUAUCUUCUUGGAAAAUGCUAGAUUGAGAAAACAGGUCAAUUCGGUUAUCCGGAGGUCUCUCAAAAUGGACAUUACGUCUGAAAACAACCAUGAGGAUUCAUAAGGCAAAACUGCACCACACAAUCUCUCAGAAACAUGAAAGGGGGAUGAUAGUGUAAAUUUUACCUUAAAACCCUCCCCCAACUCUUCCGGGAAAUCAAUCAUCCACCGUUUUAGAUGGUUGGUCUCUCUGAAGUCUCAGUAGUUUCACAUGUAAUUUUGUGAUUUCAUACACGAGAGUCCCAAAGCAGAUACUAUUGAAAGCAACAUUGUACUGUCCUUUUCUUUUACUUGAAUAAGGAGGAAAAAAGAAAUGAUAGGAAAACAUCAGAACACAACUGUUAAAUGAAUUACGGGGCAUGUCUGCAGCAGGGCAUGUAUUGUAAUUAGGCUGGAAUAACUUUAUAGGAUACAAUUUGUUCAUGGCUUGAGGUCCAAGAGCAUAUUGAUCAAACA